UUACGGCGUAACGGGUUUAUGCACAGCACAGACUAACGAAGAUACCCGAACAGGAACAAUACCCCAACUCCAGUGAUAAAAUAGGGAUGGAGAUUGGAAUUUCAAUUAAACAUAUCACCGAUUGAGACAAAUGGUAAAGUAUUGGCAGUUGCUAUAGCCUAACUACGUUUACGCCGUUGAACUUCUGAAAGUUUUUAUUUUGGGUGAUUCCGACUCCGAGAGGAUUGGCAGGACAUAGUAACUUUCAGCGACUGGAAGGAUAAGGACCAACCCAGCUGUAUUUUACAAUCUCCGUUUUAAAACAACUCGAGGAACCGGGAUAAUUACAAGGACAUUUGUGUCAAAGAAGUGCAAGGGGCAUUCAGGACCUCUGCUUACAAAUGGUAGGUGGUGUUGCAGCAAUGGAAGAAUCCAUGGACGACUAUGACAAUUACACCUACGAUUAUCUGGAGUAUGGAGACUUGGAAGAAGAAAAAGUCAGAGAUGGAUACUCUCAAAAGGAGGCUAUACACAUCAUAUCAGUAGUCAUGUAUAGUAUUUCAUUUGUGCUCGGUGUCACUGGCAAUGGAAUAGUCAUAUGGGUGAUGACAUUUAAAAGCAAACGGACAGUGAACAGUGUAUGGUUGCUGAACAUGGCUAUAGCAGAUUUUGUGUUUGUGCUCUUUUUACCCUUCUCCAUCGACUACGUUCUUCGAGACUUCCACUGGUCCUUUGGGCUGGUCAUGUGUAAACUCAACUCGUUUGUGUCUGUGAUGAACAUGUAUGCCAGUGUGCUCUUUCUCACAAUGCUCAGUCUAGACAGGUAUGUCUCAUUGAUUCACCUUAGCUGGUCUCAGAGGUGUCGCAGUGUAUGGCGAGCCUGGAUCGUAUGUGGCUGUGUGUGGGGGGUGUCUGCUCUACUGAGCCUCCCUACCCUGAUAUUCCGUGACACUGUGAGUUACCGUGACCGGGUGAUGUGCUUCAACAACUUUAAUGUCCAGGAUAGACAUACAGCUGCUGUGAGACACAUUACAUUGGUGGUCAUCCGUGCUGCAGUGGGAUUCCUACUGCCCUUCAGUGCCGUCUGUGUGACUGGAAUUCUCCUGGCAAUCAAAGUCCACCAGUCGAACGAUUCUGUGUGCCUGUCUAGCUUUUCUAAGACAGUUUCAGCUGUCAUUCUGGCCUUCUUUUUGUGCUGGGCACCAUUCCAUACCCUUAGUUUAAUGGAGCUUUCCUUAAACUCAUCACUGUACCUGCAUGCUGUUCUGAAGACAGGCUUUCCUCUUGCUACUAGCUUAGCCUAUUUCAACAGCUGCGUCAACCCCUUCAUCUACAUGCUGGUGGGUAAGAAGGUUCGCCAGCUCCUGAAACGCUCGUGUCUGGACAUCACAAAGAGUACUCUGCGGGAGCUCAACCAGUCCAUCUCUGCAACUGAAUCAGUGCCUAUAGCAGACAUAAGACCUCCAUACAUCAGUUCACCACAGGAUCCCACAGAAUCAUCAACGGUUUGAUUAUACUGACCUAAUCCCACAGUUACCUAUAGCAGAAGCCAUCAGAAACUGCCCUUUGACCUAAUCCCACAGUUACCUAUAGCAGAAGCCAUCAGAAACUGCCCUUUGACCUAAUCCCACAGUUACCUAUAGCAGAAACCAUCAGAAACUGCCCUUAGACCUAAUCCCACAGUUACUUAUAGCAGAAAACAUCAGAAACUGACCUUUGACCUAAUCCCACAGUUACCUAUAGCAGAAACCAUCAGAAACUGACCUUUGACCUAAUCCCACAGUUACCUAUAGCAGAAACCAUCAGAAACUGCCAUUUGACCUAAAAGAGCCAGCCUGACAAUUAUUUUAGUCCAAAUGUGACUUAUUUUAUAUUUUACUUCAGUGUAACAUUUGUGCUAGUUGUUUGAGUUGGAUACUUCCAAGUAGCAAUUACUUUGAGUGCCAACGUCUGUUUGAGUGACCUCAUAGGAAAACUUGAGUAAAGACGUGCGCUAAAAGUAUAGCACAGGGGAAAAGAGGCAACUUUAAUGAUUUUAAAAAGAAGUAUCUGAUCCUAUUUACACCAAAGACAAAUAGGAAAGGAGGCCACCCUUCCCCACUUUAUCUGUAACAGACUGUCUCUGGAGCAGGUUCUCUCUGAAACAGGCUGUCUCUGGAACAGGCUGUCUCUGGAACAGGUUCUCUCUGGAACAGGCUGUCUCUGGAACAGACUGUCUCUGGAACAGGUUCUCUCUGAAACAGACUGUCUCUGGAACAGGUUCUCUCUGAAACA